AAAAUGGUGCGCUCGUCGCUGGGACGUGCGGUCCUCGUCGACAGCGGGCUCGCGGAGGCCCAGGAGUACCCCUACUAUGGCAUCUCGGUGCCCGACUUCCUCGCCCUCACGGAGUGGCUGCCCCACGAGGCGCUCAAGGCGAGCGGCAAGGUCCGCGAAAUGACUGAAAACGAGGAGGUCAUCUUCGUCUCGCACCAAUGGACCAGCUUCUCGCACCCCGAUCCCGCGGGCAACCAGCUGCGGGCGCUCCAGACGCAAAUUCGCACUUUGUCGAAAGGCAAGACGGCCGUCCGGAGCGACGCCGCGCUCGACGGCGGCUACGGGUACUCCAUGGUCACGGCGGGCAAGGAGUGGAAAAAUAAGCUCCCGAACAUGUACCUCUGGAUCGACUACUGCUCGAUCCCGCAGCCGGCCGCCGCCGGCGGCGGCGUGCAUGCGGCGCAGCACUCGGACCACCGCGAAGGCCAGGGGGACCUCGUCGCGCAGCUCAAGGCGGCCGUAAACAGCAUCCCCUCGUACCUCGCGCGAUCGACGAUGAUGUGGGUGCUCGUGCCGCCCGUGAACCAUGAGAGCAUCGACGGAGCCAUCUGUGAUUACAACUCGUGGCGCCGCCGCGGCUGGUGCCGCCUCGAGUUCGCCGCGAGCAAGCUCUGCGCUGGGGAUGAUAUGCCUUGUAUGGUAAUCACCUCGGCCACGGCGACGCCCGAGUACUGCUGCCCGUGCGACAUCUUCAAGCUCUGCGCGGGGAACGGUGAUUUUACGGUAGAUAGCGACCGCGACGCCGUCAACUCGACGCUAACGAAGAUGCUGCAGGCCAAGGUCGAAGGGUACGCGAAGAAAGGGGACAUCACGCUGUCGCGGAUGAUGCAGGCCAUGUCGCCCGUGUUCGUGCCCCGACACGCCUACGGCUCGGCCGCGGUGGGCUCCGAAGGGUCGGCGGUCGAUCGCCUCAAAAAGUUCAUGAAGUGGCGCAGCGACGCCGAGGAGGAAGCGUGGAUGGCAGAAACCGGCUGGAACCUCCUCACGUUCGCCGCAGCGAUGGACGACAAACCUGCUAUCGAUGAGCUGCUCGCCCAGGAUGCGGCGACGAUCGAGCGCCUGUUUGCCGCGAAGGGAACCGACAUGGUGUGUCCGGGGAACAGCAAGAAGGGAACGCCGCUCCGGCGCGAGCCGCUGGGGCAAAAGCUGUUGGAGUUCGCCAAAGACAUGACUCCCAUGAUUGCCGCGACGACGUUCGGCUCGCGGGCGGUGUGCGAGAAACUGAUGGACGCCGGCGGCGCCGCCGCCGCGCGGGACGGCUUAAAGCUGCUGGGCGCGCGGCCGUGCCUCUUCCGGGGCGCCAUCGUGCGAUGCAGCGUCCUCCAAGGCGCUUUUAACUCGAUGGGGGGCGGCAGACUGGUCGCCCACACAGGUCUCGGGAAAACACGAGAACGUGAAGCUGGUCCUGGAGCGCUAUCCGCACAUCGCGGAAGAAUUGGAUCCCGAGUUCGGCACCUGCGUGUUGCACAUGGCCUGUGGCACGACAGCGUGCCGCGGCCAGUCGAAGGUCAUGAAGGAGCUGCUCGCGUGUCCAGGGGCGGUGGAGAAGCUCAAUAGCGUCAAUUCCCCAAUCUUCGGCUCGGUGCUGGGCACGGCGUGCUCCUUCCAAGACCAGGACCCCGAGACCGUUCGGCUGCUCCUGGAGGCCGGCGCUGACCCCUCUAAGCCCGAGGUGCUCCAUCCAAUAGCGGCAAAGAUGCGCCGUAUGACCGCUGUGGGGAAGUUCUUGGGCAAUGUCCAGGCGCGCGGCUACCACCAUUUGUUCUCAACGCUACCGGGGCGCUUCAAGCAGUCGCCGACGCACAUCGCGACGCAGCAAGGCGAUCUAGCGAAGAUCAAGGUGCUCGCGGAGCACGAAAAGUUUCCGGUGGCACAAUAUAAAGAUACCAAGGGUCGCACGCCCGUCGCCCUCUGCGUCGAAGACACGGUCAAGACCGCGGUCGCGGAACUCGUCGGCGGACCGGCAGCGGUGGCGACGCCAAUCCCGGGCAACAAGGUCGCCCCGGAGCAAUGA